AUGAAGACUCAGGACAGUGCAGAUCUCUGCUAUCCACAUCUCUACAAUAACUCCUGCAAAAAGCCUUCUUCUCCUUGGACUGAAUUUGUUCUUGUUCGGAUCAUACUGUCCUUAAUCUCUCUGAUCACUGUUGCUUUAAACCUGCUUGUCAUCAUCUCAGUCUCCCACUUCAGGCAGCUCCACACACCUACUAACAUCCUCCUCCUCUCUCUGGCUGUGUCAGAUUUGCUCGUGGGGUUCAUACCAAUGCCAGGGGAAAUCUACCAAAGCACAAGCUGCUGGUUUCUUGGUGAUAAUAUUUGUUUUAUAUAUAAUUACUUGUGCUUCAUCAUCACCACUGCCUCAGUAGGGGAUAUGGUGCUCAUAUCAAUUGAUCGUUAUGUGGCUAUUUGUGACCCUCUGCAUUACCAAACUAGAGUCACUGAGAGAAGAGUCAAAAUCUGUGUCUGUCUGUGUUGGCUCUGGUCGGUUCUCUAUGGCAUUUUAUUUAUAAAAGAUGAUCUGAUUCAGGCAGGAAAGAAUAACUCUUGCUACGGAGAAUGUGUGACUGCUGUUGACUUAAUUUCAGGAACCAUUGGUCUUGUUUUAUACUUUAUUGCUCCUGUUAUCACCAUCAUAGUCCUUUACAUGAGAGUAUUUGUGGUGGCUGUGUCUCAGGCUCGUGCCAUGCGCUCUCAGGUCACAGCCGUUAAACUGCAGUUUUCAGUUACAACAACAGCAAACAAAUCUGAGCUGAAAGCAGCCAGGACUCUUGGUGUUCUUGUGUCUCUGUUUUUAAUAACGUUCUGCCCAUCUUACUGUGUCUACCUUGCAGGGGUUGAAUCAUUCAGUGAUUCCUCUGUGUUUGCAGUGGAUUUUCUGUUCUACUUUAACUCCUGUUUAAACCCUAUGAUUUAUGCCCUAUUCUACCCUUGGUUUAGAAAAACUGCAAAAAUCAUAGUCACCCUACAAAUAUUGAAGUCUGGCUCCUGUAAAACCAUAAUACAGUAAAUAAAAUAUAAUGUAAAAAAAAAAAAAUUUCACAAGAUAGUAUCAAAAAUGUAUUGUAUUUUUCAGUGUUCAAAACCUCUUAGAUUACCAAAUGUUUUGAUGUUAUGAUAUUUUUCCCACUUCAUAAUCUGAAAUGAGGAAAUUCUUCUUGUGAGAAAUC